AUGACCGGCUCCGUCAAUGGCACCUCCGUUCCGACGGAGACGUCGCCGCUACUGCGCAACUCCGACUCGGAGGCGGCCAAUGGCAACGGCAACGGCACCGUCAACACCGGCGGUCAGCAGAACGGCGCUACGGCCGCGGCCGCCGACACUGACGCCGGUGAAAAUCGGGACGGCAACCCGGAGAUGGCCAAGAAGAUGCACUUUCUUCUUCCGGCCGUCGGUAUCGGCAUCUAUCUCUGCGCUGUCGACCAGCUGCUCACCGUGGCGACGUACGCCAAGAUUGGGAGCGAGCUUCAUGCGCUGAAUUAUACGAGCUGGCUCGCAACGUCCUACUACAUCACCCUAACCAGCUUCCAACCCCUCUACGGCAAACUCAGCGACAUCUUCGGCCGCAAAGAGUGCCUCCUCUUUGCUUACACAGUCUUCGCCCUCGGCUCUCUGGGCUGCGGCCUAGCACAGUCCUUCACCCAGCUCUGCGUCGCCCGCGCCAUAGCCGGCAUUGGCGGCGGCGGCAUGAACAGCGUUGUCGCCAUCCUCCUCAGCGACAUCGUCCCGCUCCGCGACCGCGGCGUCUGGCAAGGGUACCUCAACAUCAUCUUCGCCGCCGGCACCUCCACCGGCGCGCCCCUCGGCGGCCUCCUCGCAGACUCGGUCGGCUGGCGCUGGUCCUUCACGGGCCAGGUGCCGCUCUGCGUACUCGCGUUCUUGGCGGUGUACUUUGUCCUCGACGUGCCCAGGACGGACCACGCGCACUGGCGCGAAAAGGUGAAGCGCAUCGACUUCCUCGGCGCCGCUACCCUCGUCGCCGCCGUCGUGGCCCUGCUCGUGGGCCUGGAUUCGGGCUCUAACAACGGGUGGUCGAGCAAGCUUACCGUCGCCGCGCUCGCCGCCACGCCCGUCCUGUUCUCCGUCUUUGUGUACGUCGAGAUGCGCGUCGCGUCGCACCCCUUUGCGCCGGGCCACAUCAUCUUUGACCGCUCGCUGUUCGCGUGCUACCUCGCAAACUUCUUCGGCAUAGCGGGCCACAUCGCCUCCAUCUUCUUCAUCCCGCUCUUCUUCCAGGCCGUGCAGGGCGCCUCGGCCACCCUCGCGGGCGCGGCGCUCGUGCCGGCCAUGAUCACCUCCGUCACGGCGAGCGUCAGCUCGGGCUACUUUAUGAAGCGCAAGGGCCGGUACUACACCCUCACGGUGCUCGCCUACGGUCUCAUGGUCGUCGCGGUAGCUCCCACGGUCGCGGCGCUGUACUUCCGCUCCUCGGCGGGCGUGGUGGGCGGCAUGGCGCUGCUCGCGCUCGGCGGCGGCGCGGGCAUCACGACGACGCUGGUGGCGCUGCUGGCCAACGCCGCGUCCCGGGAUUCCGCGGUGGUGGUGGCGUGCUCGUACCUGUUCCGGAGCCUGGGGUCGAGCAUCGGGAUCAGUGUGUGCUCGUCUGUGCUGCAGCAGGUGCUGCGGACGCAGCUGGCGGCGCGGCUGCGGGACGGGGACGAGGCGAGGCGCGUUGAGGAGCGGGUUCGGGAGAGUUUGGAUUAUAUUCGGGAGCUGCCGCCUGCUGUUGCCGGGGAGGUGAGGGCGAGUUAUCAGGUUGCGACGUUGGGGGCCAUGGUGCCUAUGGCGGCGUUGCUUGUGCUUGCUUUUCUGAGUACGUUUUUUAUCAAGGAGAAGGCUUUGGGGAAGAAGUAG